AUGUCCGUCGCUUCGCCAGUGUUCAAAGAUAUGCUCAAGGCAAGCUCUCAAGAGGGUGUCGAAUUGAAAAAAACGGAAGUGUCGCUUCGUGAUGAGGAUUCAAAAGCAUGGAAUAUUUUACUCAACAUCAUACAUGGACAUUUUAGGUCUGUCCCUUUGGAUACCAAUCUGCCCAUGUUCACCCAGAUUGCACUCUUAUGCGACAAGUACCAAAUGCAUGAGAUUGCUUACGCAUUCACACCAACCUGGAAGAUGUCGGCUGGCCACGACUCUGUGUCGGGAGAAGACAUACCUCGCUGGAUCUUCAUAGCUUGGACUUUCAAUAUGAAAGAUGUACUUGAAGAGAUCACGAAAGGCCUUGCUCUCAAUUAUACUGGAAAUGGAAUCCAGAAAUUGUUCGGCAUGACUACUCUACCGAUUCCCCAAAUUGUUAUGGAUGAGCUUGAAAAUUCUCGCCAACAUGCAAUUGCUGAAUUGGUUGAUAUGCUUGAUUACACCAUACAGCGAUAUCAGGAAAAUAGUUCGAAGUGUUCGAUUGUAACCAGAUGCAGUGGAGAUAGAGAAUCUUACCGUAAGCAAUGUGAUGCAAUGAUACUUGGCAUGUUGUUAAAAGGUACCAUUGAACAAGGGAUCCACCCAUUCCCAACGAAGCCAUACAAGGAGUGGUCUUUUUCCACUUUGGAGAAGAAGAUCAAAUGUAUCAAACUUACUUCAUUGUGCGCUGCUAUGUCAUUGAUACCAGAUGUUCAUUGCGAUCAGGACCAUGGAAUCUCUAAGAUUAUUACAUCAUGGAUCAGACAUACUGCGGAAGAAGUCACUGGGCUUCAAUUAGAAUCCUUGAAGAAAGAUGCAUCACCGGAGAUUCAAUGGCCAAUUCGAUAA